GGAAGGCGUAUUGCUGAAAAGUGCGCUCUACGUAAGGACGGUCGACUUUGGCGGGGCCCAGGUGAGAAAGGCCCACCUGUGUCCCGUUUGAAGGUCUUCAGGGUUCUUUGGGGCCCGAGCACUUCUCCUUCCUGCCACCAUGUGAAGAAGGAUGCAUUUGCUGCUUCUUCCACCAUGAUUGAUUCCUGAAAUCAUGGAUCACCUACCUGUGCUUUGAGACAUGUUUUAAUUUUUUUUUUUUUUUCUGGAAGCCCUGCAACUUCCCUAAAAAUUGAAUGAAUUAUAGGACAGACCUAUGGCCAAUGGUGGCAGAGUCUACAUAGAACUAUGCUUCGUGGUGUUCUGGGGAAAACCUUUCGACUUGUUGGCUAUACUAUUCAGUAUGGCUGUAUAGCUCAUUGUGCUUUUGAAUACGUUGGUGGUGUUGUCAUGUGUUCUGGACCAUCAAUGGAGCCUACAAUUCAAAAUUCAGAUAUUGUCUUUGCAGAAAAUCUUAGUCGACAUUUUUAUGGUAUCCAAAGAGGUGACAUUGUGAUUGCAAAAAGCCCAAGUGAUCCAAAAUCAAAUAUUUGUAAAAGAGUAAUUGGUUUGGAAGGAGACAAAAUCCUCACCACUAGUCCAUCAGAUUUCUUUAAAAGCCAUAGUUAUGUGCCAAUGGGUCAUGUUUGGUUAGAAGGUGAUAAUCUACAGAAUUCUACAGAUUCCAGAUACUAUGGACCUAUUCCAUAUGGACUAAUAAGAGGACGAAUCUUCUUUAAGAUUUGGCCUCUGAGUGAUUUUGGAUUUUUACGUGCCAGCCCUAAUGGCCACAGAUUUUCUGAUGAUUAGUAAUCAUUUAUUCUUUUGACUUGAUUAUUGUCUCCUUUUCAUGUGAAUUUAUUACUCCCGUUGAAACCAUGUACUAAUAAACUAUUUGCUAUUCA